AUGAUCUUAGCAGCUCUUUCAAAUCGCAAUCCAAGGUAUGAAAAAAAGUACAAAGAAUCAAGUUUCGUCUCGCUUGAGAAAAAAUAUCAACUUACAUGAUAGUUGGCUAUUUUUAAGAGAUAAACUUCCUAGUUAUUUUUGUUGAAAAUAUUGAUAUUCUUCCUUUGUACAUUUUUCUUCUAACUUAUCAUAAUCAUGAUUUUUUCAUCUCGCGAACAAAGAAAUGAGUAUGUCUAAAAUGAUUUAUCUAUAUUUUUAAUUUUCAUUAAUUUUUAAUAUGAUUUUAGGAUGUUGUGGAACUUGGUGGCCGUUGGCUACGAGCGAUACAAUCUUCAUCAUUUGGCUAAAAUAUUAGUUCUACUUUUGUAUAGUUUUUUUGGAGCUGCGAUUUUUAUUCUUCUCGAAGCUGACAAUGAAAAACAGAUGAAAGACGAUGAAACUUUGAAAAUUUUGAGAGCAAGUUUGGCAUCGAAGACUGAAUUCAUUUAUAAAAUUCAGGUUUGUUCAAAUUCACUCGAGAACUUUUCGAGAAUGAGUACACAUGUAAUUUUCUAUUCGAAAAUAUUUUCUUCCCACUCACAAAGUACUUUUCACUUCUCACUUUUCCCCUCCCGUGAAAAAAAUCAUAAGUACAAUCUUUUUUGUUGAGAUGUCACAAUACCUCAGAAAUAUGAUUGAGUGACAAAGUGUUCCGCAUUUCUCUCGAAAAAUGUUAUUUUCUUAGCAACUCUAUAAUGAAACAUUGUAUGGUUCAAGUUUUGCUGACGCGAAAAUUCGGCGAGUUUUAUCGGAAUAUGAUUCUCAAAUGGGUAUAAAAAUCGAUAAUUCUUAUACUCCAAAAUGGGAUAUUUGGGGUGGAUUGUAUUAUUCGGGAACAAUUUACACAACAAUUGGAUAUGGUGAUUUGGCGGCUGUAACUGUUCUUGGUAGAAUUUUCACGAUGGUUUACGCGAUGAUUGGAAUUCCGAUGGUUAUUACAAUUUUGAAUGAUUGGGGUAAUAUGUUAUUCCACGGUGUCAAUAAUUUUUGGCAGAAUUCUGGACGGAAAUAUUUCCACAAAAUUUGUCAAAAAUUGCGGUUCAAAAAACCAAAGAAUGUUGAGGAGGUGAGAACUUUUUUUAUUGAAAGAGCUCUUGGAAAACAUCAUUUUUCAUCUAUUUUUUGUCAGGUGUUGCAAAAGAGUUUUUAAUUAAUUUCUUCUUUGCGAAAAAAUGAAACACCAAGAUUUCUUUUUUUCUUUCUUCUUUCUUGAAAACGAAAAGGAUCAUACAUCCAUGUUGAUUGAUAAACAAGUCAUUUGUCAUAAUUAUUAGACAGUUGGCGUGUUUUUCCAGACACAGAAAAGACCCAACCAAGAACAUCAAUUUUUAGGGCGCACAACUGAUUUCGAACCACUGGUUGAAUCUGUUAGUCUUGAUGGUCAAAAUGGUCAACAACCUAUCCCAUUAUUUUUGGCAUUCACAGUUCUUGGAUUCUGGAUUUUAUUGUGCGUUGGAUAUUUUGCAAUCUUUGAAGAUUGGACGUUUUUCGAAUCUGUUUAUUUUUUCUUCGUUUCAAUGACUACAAUCGGUUUUGGUGAUAUCACACCAAAUCAUUCAGUCGCAGUUGGUGGAAUUAUUUUUAUUCUUGGUGGACUUUCUGUAGUCUCAAUGUCUAUAAAUGUACUUCAAAUGAAACUCGACUUUUUGUUUCAGAAAAUUGUUCAAGAUAUUGAAAAUGAUUUUAAAAGUUCUUUAUCAACAGGUUAGAAAUUAUUUUAUAUAUUCUCGUGAUUUUUUUCCAAACACUUUUUUUUGUAGCAUCUGAAAGUCGUAAAGUGUCAAUUGGUGUGAGUGAAUUGGGAUCAAUCGAUCCGUCGAAGAAAAAACAAAUGAGUCACGAAGGAGAUAUUGCAGAUAAAUAUACUGAAGGAAUGGAUGGAACCAAUAAAUUCUUUAUGAGAUUUAUGAGCAAUCACCAGUCAGUAGUGUUUUUUCUUCUCGCUUAAACUCACAUUUAUUAGUUUAUAUACACUCAAGUAUAUUUUUGCAGGAAAAAAAUGUUGAACGAAAAAUUUGAUGAGCGUGCAAAAAUGAGAAACAGUGCAACACAAACAACAACGUGUAUUAAAGUGGCAUCAGUUCAAACAGCUGAUCGAUAUGAACCACAAUGGGAAGAUGAACCCGAAGAACAACAUCCGGUUUCGAGAAUCAAUACAAGACGGUUAUAUAUUUAUAAUACGGGAGAAUAA